AAAUCAUGGUAGUGUCCAAUAUCUUUCCAUUUCCGGGGGUGAAACAUGGUGAACGCAUUCUCGUUUCAGUCAUCGAGAACAGAGCCAGCAAUGAUUCCGAUAAACCGUGGGUAUCAGUUCCAGUGGAUGACCAGGACUUGUCCCAAGGCUACAAGGAGAUCAAUUUCCGGCAGUUAAACAAUUAUGCCAACCAUGCGGCACAAUGGUUGACUGAGAAUCUCCCCCAUACCUCCGAACCAUUCCAAUGCAUUGCUUAUGCCGGCCCUAAGGAUCUCCGCUACCCGAUCCUGGCCCUGGCCGCCGCAAAGCUGCAAAAAGUGUUGGUACUGCCAUCACCACUCAUUACGGCCGAGGCGCAGAAGAUAAUCCUUGAUGCAAAGAGCUGUGCUCUGUACCUGCGGCCGUUUUCUUUGGCAGAACAUGUCGGCGCCGUACUGAAGGAGGCGCCUCAUAUCCAAGCUGUCACCGUUCCCGAGAUUGAUGAAUUUAUGAAGGAGACGGAAGCUCCGACAUAUUCCUACCCCAAGUCCUGGGAAGAAGGGAAAUAUGAUCCUUGGCUUGUCUUCCACACAUCGGGGACGACAGGCCAUCCAAAGCCACUGACAUAUACUCAAGAAAUGAUGGCUGUGGCCGAUAUGAUAGCGGCAACCCCGGACCUCGAAGAAUGCUUCGCCCACCACUUUGCCAAAGAGAGACUGUACACACCUCUGCCAUCCUUACACCUGGUUGGAAUGAUUUUAGUGCUAGCUUUGACCUCCUUUAUCGAUACGACCCUGGUCAUUGGUCCGGCAACGCCACCAACCCCAGAGACCGUCGUAGACAUUAUGAAAUACGGACAAGUCAAAAUUGCCGUCCUGACGCCCGCAAUUAUCGAGGAGCUCUGCUUGACACCUACCGGCAUCAAUGCCCUGCGGAACCUAAAAUCAGUUCACUAUGCCGGUGCACCUCUGUCGGCCAAGGCAGGGGAUAUGUUGAUCUCUCAUACUCGGGUUGUACCUACCAUUGGAAGCACAGAGACCGGGGGAUACAUUACUUCAGUUCAUGAUAAGAAAGAGGCAUGGGAUUACGUUGUUUUCCAGAAGCACGCUGGUGCGGUUUUCGAGCACCGCUUUGAUGACCUCUACGAGCUGGUCUUUGUGCGCCAACCUGAUUCGAAGAUACAGUCAAUUUUUCAACUGUAUCCGGAUCUUGAUCGUUACCCGACUUCUGAUCUGUGGGUCGAACAUUCAGACCAUAAGGGUCUGUGGAAGAUCGUCGGCCGCAGUGAUGACCAUGUGAGCUUCUCCCACGGGGAGGGCUUGUAUGCUUCGCGCCUUGAGCCUGAUAUUGAAGUCCAUCCUGCGGUUAAGUCGGCUUUGAUUGGUGGGCAUGGUCAUUCGGCACCGGUGCUGCUUAUCGAGUUGUAUCCUGAAGCGGUCAAGGAAGAUUCUCAUGAUCAGUUCCUUGCUUCUUUGCAGCCGAACAUUGAAAAAGUUAAUGCUCAGGUUCACGACUGUGUGAAUCUUUCUGCUGGUAGAAUUAUCAUUGCGACGAAGGAAAAGCCGUUUGUUCGAACGGUGAAGGGAAGUGUUGGAAGAAUGCAAACUUUGACGUUAUAUAAGAAUGAGGUUUCUGCUCUCUUUGAUUAGAUGAGAACUAUGGACUAUCAAAGUUGUGUGUGCUCAUUUAGGACUUGAAUAGAACUAUAUAGGCAAAAUUCAUAUGGAGAAGAGAGAAUAUUCCGAUAAGCA